AUGCAGUACUUUCACAUCACGCUUCUCGCAAAGCCAACCGCCAACAAGGAUGCGCUCAAACUCUACAUGCAUGUUGCCUGUGGCAAGGACCUGGGCGAGGGAUCCGGGAUUAAGAUUAUGGACCAUUCGGCCGUUGCCAUCAGUGCAAGUCUUGAGAGCGUUGGCUUCGAGAGCAGAAUCUUGGAACUACUGAAAGGAACGGGGCUACUAGAUGCUGCAUAG